AUGGCCAGUAACGAGAUGGCCUCCAAGAAGGACUGUUUCAAACACGAAGCACUGCUGCUCCGACGCAGUGUGCGUUCUGAAGACUUUUGAUUUAUAUGUGUGUUCCCUGAGAGCUUUAUGUGGAAGGACGUCAUACUUACUGAAUGACCAGCCCAUGACAAGCACUGCAAGACCACAUCUGUGAUAAAUUACAGCUUCCCUUCGGAUUCCAUCACAACCUGGCAGAAAACAGCCAUCAGCCUGUCUAAAACUCACAGGAUUCUUCAAUGACCUCAAGCUGCCCUACUCUGCCGUCCGCAAUGAACAGCUGGAGGUCAAAGCUAUCCUCCACAAUUACUGCAAAGACCCCAUCACUGUGCGUGUGGAGCUGAUGGAAAAUGGUGAGGUGUGCAGCUCAGCUAGCAAGAAGGGUAAUUACAGUCAGGAAGUGAACAUGAACCCCAUGUCCAGCCGGGUCGUCCCUUAUGUCAUCAUCCCUAUGAAGCUAGGCAUGCACUCCAUCGAGGUCAAGGCUUCUGUGAAAAACUCCUACAACAAUGGCGACGGGCUGAAGAGGGACCUGCGCGUAGUGGCUGAGGGAGUGCUGGUCAAGAAGGAAACCACAGUGAUCAGUGUGAGGUGGAGAGCAGAUCAGUGUGCUGGUGGAGCAGGCCGUCAGUGGAGACUCACUGGGCAAUCUGAUAGUUCAGCCAGUCGGGGGUGGGGAAGAGAACAUGAUCUACAUGACCCUGCCUGUCAUUGCUACACACUACCUGGACAACACCAAAAAGUGGGAGGAUAUUGGCUUGGACAAAUGAAACACAGCCAUUAAGUACAUCAACAUAGGUUAUUAACGUGAGCUGGCAUGCCGUAAAGACGAUGGCUCCUGCGCUGCCUGGGUCAGCAUAAAGAGAACCACCUGGCUGACAGUGUAUGUAGUGAAGGUGUUUGCCAUGUCCAGUACUCUGAUCAGUGUUCAGGAGCAAGUGCUCUGUAGUGCAGUCAAGUGGCUGAUCCUGCACACACAACAGCCUGACAGCAUCUUCAGUGAGUUUGCUCUGGUCAUUCAUGCAGAGAUGACGUGA